GAGGCUUCCUGAUGCUCACUCCUCCUAGAAGGUCCUAUACGGCGCUCUGCUCAACUGCAAUCGACUUGGCCGGAACUCAAGUCGUACUGACGAUCAAUCAGCAUGGCGCUAGUCGCUGCUCUCCACAGAGCGUAAUGACCCGACCGUCGUGGGCGCCUCGGCUCGGACUAAAUCCUCCACUUUUAUGGCUUGUCUCAGACCCUUCUGACAGCCGAAGAUUACCAGGGCCCCGCUUCUGACGCGCGGAGGGCUGAAGCGAAUCAAAUAGUCUACGUUGGCGAGCUGGACCUCCUUGUCCUCCACACCACUCGAUGAUCCUUCCAUCGCUACGUUCCUCGACUCCGUCUCUCUUCCGCAGCUUCUCCACUUCCAGAGCCAGAUCGAUCAUGCAGCCUCUCCAAGUCUACACCGCAGGAACGCCCAAUGGCUGGACCGUGCCCAUCUGUCUCGAGGAGCUCAAGAAGGUCAACCCGGAAUUGAAGUGGGAGAUCCACCCCAUCAACAUCGGUCAGAACCAACAGAAGGAAGACUGGUUCCUUAAGAUCAACCCCAAUGGCCGCAUCCCUGCCAUCGUCGACCCAAACAAUGGCGAUUUCGCCGUCUUUGAGACUUCGGCCAUCCUGCUCUACCUCGAAAAGAAGUACGACCCGGACCAUGUCCUGUCAUGGCCCAGCAGCAACCCUCAGGCGGACAACCUGAGGAGCGAAGUCCUGCAGUGGAUGUUCUUUGCUCACGGCGGUAUUGCAGCUAUGCAAGGCCAAGCUAAUCACUUCCGCAUGCAAGGUCUGGGCGGGAAGAACUACAUUCCUUACGCUCUGAACCGCUACAUCGAUGAGACAAAGCGACUGUAUGGCGUCUUGGACCUGCGUCUCAAGGACCGUGAUUACCUCGUCGGAGAGGGUCGAGGCAAAUUCACUCUGGCCGACAUCCGAGCCGGAGGCUGGGUCUUCUCUCAUGGAUUCGCCGGUAUCCCUCGCAGCGAGGUGCCUGACAGCGUCAACAAGUGGGUAGACCGAUUGUUGGAGAGGGAUGCUUUUGUUGCCGGCCUCAAGACGCCAUCGGAGGGACCCAUCGUGAAGAACGCCAUGGCCAACCGCGACUGGGUUGCGGAGAUGCCCAAGGAGUAAAGUGGGGAACAACAUUGGCGUGCCAUUCUCAGGGGGUGACCAAGAAAAGAAAAGGAUACUGUCGAAGCUCUGGUCGUUUCAGUUGGACUCGCAAUGUCUCGUCUUGUCCUGUCCCGU